UAGGAAAAGUGUUAUGAAGUACAUGCUUUAUACUAUACCUAUAGAGCCCCAAGAGAAAUGCCUUCUGCCUGUCUCAGUCAUGAAACAUGACUGGGUCCCUGUGCAUUCAGGUCCAAGUCUGCCAUGCCCUCCUUCACCUCAUGGAAGAGCAGCAUGUACCCAUGGAUAAACCUCUUAAACACUUCCUGAUAUGCCUUGGGAAUAAAGACAGAAAAGCCACACCUGGAAGGAGGAACAAAACUAUGACAACAUGAACACAAACUCACUCAGGCCUUUAAAGUCAAUGGAAAUGUUGUAAAAAUGGAAGUGGUCUCCACAUCAGUUGGCAACUUUACCAUUGAUCUUUUCAACCAGCUGAAUGAGAACAACAAGGGAAAAAACAUUUUAUUUUCCCCUUGGAGCAUAUCAGCUGCUCUGGCUCUGACAUACUUGGGAGCAAAAGGAACUACAGCAACUGAGAUGGCAGAGGUCCUUCAUUUCACUGUGGAAGCAAGAGCUGAAGCUUCUUCUUCUGUGGCCAGACCUUCUCGGGGGAGACCAAAGAGAAGAAAAUUGGAUCCUGAGAACAAGCAAGCUGCAGAUAUCCAUUCCGGCUUCAAGAAGCUCCUGACUGCCAUCAACAAACCCAGAAGCACCUUCUCCCUGAAAAGUGCCAACCGCAUUUACAUGGAAAAAACCUUCCUGUUAUUGCCUACAUAUAUACAGCUCAGUAAGAACUACUACAAAGCAGACCCACAGAAGGUUAACUUUAAGACAGCACCAGAACAGUCAGGAAAGGAAAUCAACACCUGGGUUGAAAAACAAACUGAGGGCAAAAUCAAGAAUUUGCUGAGUCCACGAGAUGUGACAAACACCACCAAGCUGAUCCUGAUAAAUGCCAUUUACUUCAAGGCAGAAUGGGAAAAGAAAUUUAAGGCAGAAUAUACAGAGCUGCAACCCUUCCGACUAAGCAAGAACAAGACCAAGCCUGUAAAGAUGAUGUACAUCAGAGAAACAUUUCCAGUUCUCAUCAUGGAAACAAUGAAUUUCAAAAUGAUUGAGUUGCCAUAUGUGAAACGUGAACUCAGUAUGUUCAUCCUCCUUCCUGAUGACAUCAAAGACAACAGUACGGGUCUCGAACAGGUGGAAAGAGAGCUGACAUAUGAGAAGCUGUCCGAAUGGACUGAUUCCAAGAAGAUGACCAAGACUCUUGUAGAUCUGUACCUACCUAAAUUCAAAAUGGAAGAGACAUAUGACCUCAGCGAUAAUCUGAUCAGGAUGGGAAUGCACAGUGCCUUCAGCAGCAAAGCUGAUUUCAGUGGAAUGACUGAGAAUGAUAUAGCCAUCUCCAAAGUUUUCCACAAGUCUUUUGUUGCAGUUGAUGAGAAGGGCACUGAGGCAGCUGCUGCUACUGCUGUCAUUAUAGAGAUAACAAGUGGACAUAUUAGCCAUGUUCUGAAAUUUAGGGUUGACCACCCUUUCUACUUCUUCAUCAGACACAACAAAUCCAAGAGCAUCCUCUUUUUUGGUAGAUUCUGCUCUCCUCUAGAAUGAAUUAUUACUUGCUCUCAGACAGCAACCAAGGUUCACUGUUCAGUGGAAAAAAUGUGAACUGUGGUGCUAAAAUCUCAACCUUAAGCCAUGUGGCCACCUGUACUGAAGUGCCUAUUCUUUUCCUUACACCCAACCCCCCUCAAAGAAGGCAGCAAACAGAAACUAUCCUGAGCCACCAAAGAACACCCCUCUACUGCUUCUUUCUAUUGUCCUAACGAGACAGUCCUAAACAGGAAAAAAAACCCAGAGUUUUGCUCCCUUUUAUCAAAUCUGCUCUUCUGGAUUUGUUGUUUAAAAGUAAGGUGGAGUCUUAAAAGCUUUCUGCACACAGGCCAUCAUCUAGCCCUAUGUCAAAUGCUGACUUCAAGGGAAAUGCAGUUCAUUCUCUUGACUCUCAAAGAGAGAAAAAAGAACCCUGAAAAAAACCCACAAACUUGUAGAAAUCUGUAUGCUCUCUUUUGCUCUCUUUUCCUCACUGGGAAAUCUGUAUUUGUACUACAAUGCUAUUUCAUAACCUCAAUUUAAAAUUUCAGUGACUGUUGGAAAUUAACAAAAUUUAAUACAAAUCCAGAAUAAUCUCAGAAUGCCCCUUACCAUCCCAUCUCACUACAUGUGUAUAGGCACAUCACAUUCAAUCUCUCCUGCUCUUUCAGUUUCCUGAAAAAGUAAGACUAUGAGGGAAAAUUGUCCAACCCUUAAUAUUAAAUUGCUGACUUCUAAUCAUGUUGCAUUUUCCCCUCAUUUUUCUAAAUUUUUUUAGUUUAAGGUUGCUGAGAUUUCCAACCAGCAAAAAUGCUAAGAAAACUACCAGGAUUGCCUUCUUGCCAUCUUUUAUUGAUAUGUAAUCUAAACUUGUUAGAAUUUAAAUCUGCUUCCUCUUUUUACUUUUACUUAAUUAUACCUGUUUCCUGGUUAAUACCUGCAAAGCUUCCUUGCCACCUGUAAUAUUUACCAAUGUUUGAUUUGUACCUUGCGAGUGCAUCUCAGCAAAGAUAUGCAUGGUAUUGACAGAAACACCAGUGAAAUUUUGAUUUUGAUUGACGCUGUACUUAUUAUUUUACCAUGAGCUGCAUUUAAAAAAAUAAAUGAAGUUGUGUUUGUGUUAUUCAAGA